CUCACGUUGAUGAAUAGCAAAAGCUGUUUGGAAAUGGGCGAUGAUACACUUCAUAAUGUUUAUACGAUUGAAAGGAAUAAAACACUAGGAAGACAUGUGGUGGCAACGAAAAAAUUGGGCGUGGGUGAGACCAUCUUAUUGGAACAGCCCAUCUUGAUAGCAGCUUCAAACAACGAAAUCCGUUGUGUUAACUGUUUCAAAUUAACUGAAAGUCAUUGCGAAUUUUGUAAAAUAAUGCCAUUGUGUGGCACAUGUCAACAGCAUAACCAACCCGAAUGUGAAAAGCUGUCUUCCAUGAAAGGUUUACAAACUGAUGAACUGAUAAAGUACAACGAAACCUACAGUAUCAUUAAAUGUUUGUUAAUAAAGGAAAAUAUCAAAACAGAAAAAUAUUUUGCACAAUUUUUGGAAGCAGAAUCACAUAUUGAGCAACGUCGAAAUUCCGUCAUUUGGCGAAAAUAUCAGCAAAAUAUAGUUGAGCCCAUUAUAAAAUCAGGAUUUGCAAAAUAUUUACGCUUUGCCUCGAUAAUCAAUGAAGACUUCCUGCAACUGUUAUGUGCUCUUAUUGAUGUUAAUGCCUUUGAGAUACGGGCACCUGACGGAAAUCCAAUGAAAGGUCUUUACGUGCAAGCAGCAUUACUAUCGCAUGACUGUGUAGCCAAUACAGUAAUAUCCAUAGACAGCAGCUACCGUAUGAAAAUUUAUGCAAGUCAAGAAAUAGAACCUGGCCAAAUAAUAACAAACUGUUACAUAAACGUAUUGUUGGGUACUCGGGAACGGCGUCGUAUCUUAUGGGAAAGUAAAUAUUUUCAUUGCAAUUGUUUACGUUGCAACGAUCCAACUGAGCUGAAUUCACAUAUCAGCAGUUUAUUAUGUUCCAAAUGUCAAGGAAGAACUCUUUCAGGAUAUUUGGUGGAAAAUGUGGACGCUGGAAAUUAUCAGUGCUUAGUUUGUUGCCAUCAGAAACCGGCUAAUGAAGUUAAUGAAUAUUUGAAGUUUAUGCAAACGAGAAUUUUGGAAGUUCAGGGCAAUAUUAAUCAGCUGGAGAAAAUAUUGUCUCGUUUAUCUAUGGCAUUGCAUCCUCGCCAUUACUUAAUAGUUGAUGUCAAGCAAAAUAUUGCGUCACUUUUGCGAUCGGUAAUCAACGACACUACACAGUGUCCGGGGAUUCCAGUAUAUGAGCGUACAAUCGAAUUAUGUCAAAGUAUUUUACAAGUGUUGAAACUCAUUUUACCGGGUGUAUCGCGUCUUAAAGCUAUCACCUUAUAUGAAUUGGCCAGUACGCAGGCCGAAUAUCGACGCUUACUGUAUCAAAAAAAAGUUAUUGAUAAAACGAAAUUAAGAGAAUAUCUUCAAGAAGCGGAAAAAACAUUGCGAGAAUCAAUUCGCAUGCUUCUCUAUGAACCGAAAGCGACUCCGGAGGCCAGGUUAACGCAUAGUAUGCUCCAAGAAUUUAAAUAUUUGCAAACAGACAUUAAA